CGACGCGGCCAAAAUGGCGCCCGGGCCCCGCCCUCUCCCUCCCCGUUUCCGCGUUUGAAUAAAACUUUCCCGGGCGGCCCGGAGCGCGCAGAGGCCGCGGCGGCGGCGGCAGCACCGGGCCCGGGGUCGGCAGCGGCGGCGGCGACCGGGCGGCGGCGCAGGAGCGGCCGCGAGAAGCGCUGGGCCUUGCCGGGGCGGGCUGCGGCCUAGUCGGGAGGUGGCGGUGGGGGGGGGCGCAGGCCUCGCGGUAUCCCGCAGGCCUCGGGGGGAUCCCGCCGGCCUUGAGGAGGUGCCGGCGGCUUUUUGGGGAUCCCCAAAGCUUUUAAGGGGUCCCGAGGGUCUUUGGGGGGGUCUCGGGGACCCCACAGCGCGGGGGGAAGGGGCGGCCGAGACCCCACGGGCGCUGUGAGGGAACCCCGGGCCCUGCGGCGCUUUUGGGGGUUCCCACACGCUAUAGGGGCGGGGGGACCCUGUAGGCGCAUUUUUGGGGGGCUCUGGGCCGUAUAAAGCCUCGGGGAGGGGGUCCCUGAGUCCUGGUGACCCUUGGAGGGGUCUCUCUACACCUCUAGACCCUUUUGGGGGAAGUCUUAGGCCUUCAUCAAUACCUGAGGGGGACCCCAAGUCUCUGUAGGCCCUUUUGGGGUGCCCCCGGCCCGUAUAGGUUUUUUUGAGGGGUCGUGCUCCUCAAUUCCCCUCGGGGUCCUCUGCAGGCCGCGUUUUGGGGGGGCUUUGGGGCUGUUUGUAGGGGAGCACCCGAGGGGUUGGUUUUUGGGGGUUUUUUUUGAGUAGUUUUUUUUUCCAGUGAGUUGUUUGAGGGGUGUUUUUGGGGUGUUUUUUGAGCCUGUUUUUGGGGUUUUGCUGAGGCUGUUUCUGGGUGUUUUUGGGGCUGCUUGAGGGUUUUUUGUGAGGCUGCUUUUGGUGUGUUCUUGAGAGCAUUUUCCUGGGUUGUUUUUUUUGUUUAGAGGGGAUUUUCGGGGGUCUGGCGGGCAGCACGCGGAUGUCCCGGGCCGGGGGGGGGUCGCGGGGGUCCGUAGGGUCGGGGGUCGCCCCGGGGGCCCGGCCAUGGCCUCGGUGCCCGUGUACUGCCUGUGCCGCCUGCCCUACGAUGUGACCCGCUUCAUGAUCGAGUGCGAUGGCUGCCAGGACUGGUUCCAUGGCAGCUGCGUGGGGGUGGAGGAGGAGGCGGCGGCGGAGAUCGACCUGUACCACUGCCCCCAGUGCGCCGUGCUCAGGGGGCCUUCCGUCAUGAAGCGGCGCCGUGGCCCGGCCAAGGCCCCGGAGCAGGAUCCCGGCCGUCCAGCCCGGACCGGCAGCGCCCAGUUCAUCCGGGAGCUGCGGGGCCGCACCUUCCCCAGUGCGGACGAGGUGCUGCUGCGGCCCAGCGGGGCCCAGCUGACCGUGGAGUACCUGGAGGAGAACAGCUUCAGCGUGCCCAUCCUGGUGGCACGGCACGAGGGGCUGGGCAUGACCCUGCCCCCUCCGUCCUUCACCCCCCGCGACGUCCUGCACCACGUCGGAGCUGACAAGGUGGUGGCCGUGCUGGACGUGGGCCGCCAGGCCGAGCUGCGCAUGCGCCUCGGGGACUUCGUGGCCUAUCUGGGGGGACCCCGGCGCGAGCGCGUCCUCAGCGUCACCGGCCUGGAGUUCUCGGACACGCGGCUGUCGAACCUGGUGCAGACGCCGCGGAUCGUGCGGAAGCUCUCGUGGGUGGAGAACCUGUGGCCGGGGGAGUCGGCGCGGGAGCGGCCGAGCGUGCAGAAAUUCUGCCUGAUGGGGGCCAAGGACAGCUACAGCGACUUCCACAUCGACUGCGGGGGCACCUCGGCCUGGUACCACGUGCUCAGGGGCGAGCAGAUCUUUUACCUGGCGCGUCCCUCGGCCGCCAACCUGGCGCUGUUCGAGGCCUGGAGCAGCUCCCGGAACCAGCCCGAGCUCUUCUUCGGGGACCAGGUGGAUCGGUGCUUCCGGUGCCACCUGCGCCAGGGCCAGACCCUCUUCAUCCCCACAGGCUGGAUCCACGCCGUGCUGACCCCCGUGGACUCGCUGGCCUUUGGGGGGCACUUCCUGCACAGCCUCAACAUCGGCAUGCAGCUCCGGGCGUACGAGCUGCAGCGCCGCCUCAACACCCCCGACCUGGCCAAGUUCCCCAAUUUUGAGACCGUCUGCUGGUACGUGGGGAGGCACCUGCUGGACACCUUCCGAGGGCUGCGAGAGAACCGCCGGCACCCCGCGGCUUAUUUGGUGCUGGGAGCCCGAGCCCUGACCGGGGCCUUCCGAGCCUGGACCCGCCGAGAGGUCCUGGCAGAGCACGAGCAGGAGAUCCCCGAGACCGUCCGGCCGGGGCAGCUGAUCAAGGAACUGGGCAGGGAGAUCCGGCUGGCAGAGGAGCUGUUCCAGCAGAGCACGGGGAUGUCGGGGACCCCCUUUGGGCCCCCCUGGGGGGUCCCAGGCCCCAAAAAGGGGGGGCCCCGCAAGCCCCCCCCCAACUCCCGCCACUCCCGACGAGGGGGGGACCCUGAACCCCCCCCCCAGCCCCCCUGGAGGAGGAUGAGGAGGUUGACCCCCCCAGCUCCAGCCCGGAGGAGACGGACCCCGACUCCGAGGGGGACCCCCAGAUCCUGCUGGCCAACGGGGGGGUCUCGCUCCCCCCUGGACCUGGACUCGGAGGAGGAGCUGCAGAUCGACGAGACCCCCCCACGCGGCGGGGCCCGCGCCGGCCUGCCCCGGCUCCCCCGGAAGCUGCCCCGGGCCAAGCCCUGCUCUGACCCCAACCGGGUGCGGGAGCCGGGGGAGGUCGACUUCGACAUCGAGGGAAGCGCCCCCGGAAGGGUUUUGGCCACAGCCAAGCAGCGCCUGGGCCGGAUCCUCAAGAUCCACCGCAACGGGAAACUGCUGCUCUGA